AAUUAAAUUAGUUUGGCCAAAAAAAAAUUUUAUUUCUUCUAAACGCGGAGACAUUCCCAAAAUGCGGCAUCGCCCUUUGAAUACAGCCGAGAAAAAUAUUGUUUCUUUUUGAUUCAGUUUUGCUGCAACCCGGAAGAAAUUCAUAUUCGAAUCCUCUCUUCCUCGACGUCCAUGGAAACAUCAAGUGCUCGAGUUCAUGCAAUCGGUCAAACCGAGAUUAAUUGGGACAAGCUCGAUAAAACUAAGUUUUAUGUCGUAGGGGCUGGCCUCUUCACGGGGGUUACAGUUGCACUGUACCCAGUAUCAGUUGUCAAAACCCGAUUACAAGUCGCCUCAAAGGAUACUGCUGAAAGAAAUGCUUUCUCAGUCAUCAGAGGCAUAUUAAAAACAGAUGGAGUUCCCGGCCUUUACCGAGGAUUCGGUACUGUCAUCACAGGUGCAAUUCCUGCAAGGAUUAUCUUUCUCACCACGUUGGAGACCACAAAAAUUGCGGCUUUCAAGAUGGUUGAACCAUUUAAAUUGGCUGAGCCAACCCAAGCUGCCAUAGCAAAUGGGCUUGCCGGGAUGACGGCAUCUCUCUCUUCUCAAGCUGUAUUUGUUCCCAUUGAUGUGGUGAGCCAAAAAUUGAUGGUGCAAGGAUACUCUGGGCAUGCAAAGUACAAUGGCGGUCUUGAUGUUGUCCGCAAGGUCUUGAAGUCCGACGGCAUCAUAGGGCUGUACAGAGGAUUUGGUCUGUCUGUAGUGACUUAUGCACCCUCGAGUGCUGUCUGGUGGGCAAGUUAUGGUUCGAGUCAGCGGGUCAUUUGGAGGCUAUUAGGCCAUAGUAAUGAAUUUCAAGAAGCCAUCCCUAGUGAAUUGACAAUUGUGGCAGUUCAAGCAGCUGGAGGAAUUAUUGCUGGAGCAACAGCCUCCUGCAUUACUACUCCACUGGACACCAUCAAAACACGACUACAGGUUAUGGGCCACGAUCAGAAGAGAACCUCAGCAAUGAAAGUUGUCAAACAGUUGAUCAAGGAAGACGGAUGGAAAGGCCUUUAUAGAGGGUUGGGUCCGAGGUUUUUCAGCAUGUCUGCAUGGGGAACCUCGAUGAUUCUCACAUACGAGUACUUGAAGCGUUUGUGUGCAAAAGACAUGUAAGAUCUGCACAGCAUGGUCGACACACAGCAAAUGCUUGUCUCCAUAAGAUAGAAGAAAAGCUUGUACCCUUAUAGGCAGAACUUUAGUCAAUUUAGUAGACUAUUCCCCGGUGUUUUCCUGUGGGGUUUGAGAAAUUUUUUUCACCUUUUAGUCCAUGAUUCUUUUCAUCGAGCCAAUAGUCUAGCCAAAAUUUUCUCAUGUAUUGCUCUGUUUUUCUUAUUCUUGCAUACAAUCAGUAGAAGUUGUAUCAAUUGUAUCAAAUUCUUUUGUCUAAUCCGGAAAGCGAAGUUUGCACACUUUGAUAUCA